AUGGGUACUUCGAAGUCGAGUGCCCAAUAUGGACAAGCCUAUGGGACGUCAGGGCCAUAUGUGAAAGAUCUGAUCCCGCCGAAUGUUGGCUCGGGCCCUCAUCGCAAGAACGUCCAGGCACGCACGCUCGGUGUUUGGAUAGCCUUCGUUCUUGUUAGCUUUGGUAUCUUUUUCCAAAACUAUGUUGAUGUUGGGCCGAAAUACAGGGCUGCAGCUCUGGGACUGAUAUUCCCUGGAGCCGGAUAUCUCGCGAGCGCCAAUGUCCUUAGUGGAAUAUUGUUCGUGCUGACCUGGGCUAGCAUCCCACUCGCUCUCUUUGCCUGGUUUGGUGCCGGAGCAAUCCUUUUUCCUCUCCUGGUCUGGGGCCUGUCUGUCCUAGGCGCCUACUUCACUACAGGAGAUACCAUCUGGGAGAAUUCAGGUUAUUGGGCCCCCGGUAUUCUCUUCACUACUUUCCUAUACGCCAAUGCCUCAUCGAGAGUUGAAAGGCAUCGAGGCUAUAAGAAGAGAACGGCGAGAAACGAGUUCAUUCUGCGCCAGGCUGUGGAGACAGACAAACUCGUCGCCGCUGGUUCCAAGAGGGAAGAAGAUGAAGAACUGAGCAUUGAGAGUCUCAGGAAGUUACAGUAUUUGUUCGAUCAAGCCUUCCAAAGUCUUGAUGACUGGUCAGGCUUUACUAUCGUCGACCAGUAUCAGACUGCAGCUCUUCGGUACCAGAUCUACCAGAUGAUGUUUGUCCUUGGUCUUUACCAAUCCAUUUACGCCCCAAACGCACACGGUUACGUCAACGAAGCCUUCCAGAGAGUCAUUGAGCGGUCUUUGACUCAGAAAGUUCUCAACUUCUGGAAGUGGGAGCGCUUGACCGGAAAGUUCUCACUCGAUUGGGAUCCAGUUAAGAAAGACAAUAUCAUGGUCACGGGGUUCCUACUUCAGGGAGUUAUGCUCUAUACCGCCAAUACAGGUGACAUGAGAUAUACCAAGCCUGGAAGUCUGGUCUUCAACAUUGACGACAAUAACAUCUUUCGAUACAGUCUCCAUGAAAUCCAGGAAACACUCGUGCGACAAUGGUCUGCUAGUCCAUACUGUCUUAUCUCGUGUGAGCCAAAUUGGAUCUACGUCAUGUGCAAUCUGCAAGGCAUGACAGGAGCAGUUCUUUACGAUCGAGUCUUUGGCACAAAGUCAACUGAAGUCCUAUUACCAAUUUUCGAAGAAUCGCUGAAUACCAACUUCACCGAGACUAGCGGUAGUGUCUUGACCAUACGCUCCGAGUUGACAGGCUUCACUAUUCCCGGUCUGUGCGGUGCAGCAGGAGACUUGGCUGCCAUCAUGAUGGGAUGCGGGCCCCUGCGCAACUUCUCCAGACGUCUUUGGGCCAUCAUUCGGAACGAGACAGUCCAGUUUGAUACAAAGACGAAAGAGGUUUCGCUGACUGGACUGGUGGGAGCGGAUAAGAUCGAUGCAGGCAAUUAUCGGUCAAAUGACUAUGCUAUGUAUACCCAGCUGGCUAUUGCUGCGGGUGAAUAUGGUGAUGAGGAGUUGAAAGAGGCUUGUGUGAAGAAAUUUGAGCAAGCAUGGGGUGCUAAGACAACACCGACGGGGUCUCAGCAUCUUGACCUUGAGAACGCGUCAUGUUUGAUGAAUCAGGCUGCUUUGACAGCUUCUAUCAUCCGGCCUGGGGCAUAUCACCGAAUGGUUCAAAAGGGCCCAUCUGAAACGGCCUUGAGAGGCCCAAUUCUCUCAGAAGUGCCGUAUCCUGGAGUUCUAAUCGCCAAAGCAAGAUCUCAUACGUCCAAGGACUUAGAACUGGUCCUGUAUCCCUCAGCUGAUGCAGGUGUCUUCGACCUGGGUAUAUCUCGUCUUGCUCCGGUUCAGACAUACAGGUAUCUUGACAAGACAGUGAAAGCGGAUAAGGAUGGGGUUAUCAGGAUAGCGGUUCUUGUUGAGGGCAGGACUCAUGUUCAUAUCUCUCCGACUUCAGACGACUAG